UCCUCACCCCAGGGGAAAGGACAGAGGCGGCAUCACUGGGCACAGCAGAAGGGGCCAAGUGUUCAACACACACACCAGCCAGGCUCCCGCGGGGGAUCGGAGAUGCCAGGAUGAAAAAAAGCAUGGAAAUCAAGGCGACAAACGGACAUGAAGAGCCAGUGAGAGAGCUGUGAGGGGGGGACCCGGGGGUCAGAGGGAUGGAAGCUGGGCCGACGAGGUCUCCCGCAACAUCAGGGGAGGAGGGCCCCGGACCACAGCAGGGACCCGCCCCUGAACAAGGACCUAGACCGCAGCAGGGACCUGCUUCUGCGCAGGACCCUGAAUCUCAGCAGGAAACCUCACUGGAGCAGGAACCUGCCACUGAGAAUGAACCCGUUGACCAGCAGAGCUCAGCAACUGAGCAGACACCAAUAGCACAGGUGGGAUCUGCCACUGAGCAGAUCCCCACAGCACAUCUGGGACCCCACGCUCCUGAGCAGAUCUCUAUGACCCAGCUGGAACCCCAUGCUCCUGAGCAGAUCUCCAUGACCCAGCUGGAACCCCAUGCUCCUGAGCAGAUCCCUGUAGCACAGCUAGAACCCCAUGCUCCUGAGCAGAUCCCCACAGCACAGCUGGAACCCCAUGCUCCUGAGCAGAUCCCCACAGCACAGGUGGGAUCACACGCUCCUGAGCAGACUCCUGAACAGAUCCCUGUAGCAGAGCUGGGACCCCAUGCUCCUGAGCAGACCCCUAUAGAACAGCUGGGACCUCCUGCUCCUGAGCAGACCCCUAUAGAACAGCUGGGAGCCCAUGCUCCUGAGCAGACUCCUGAACAGAUCCCUGUAGCACAGUUGGAACCACAUGCUCCUGAGCAGAUCCCUGCAGCACAAUUGGAACCCCCUGCUCCUGAGCAGAUCCCUGCAGCACAACUGGAAUCCCCUGCUCCUGAGCAGAUCCCUAUAGCACAACUGGAACCCUCUGCUCCUGAGCAGAUCCCUGCAGCACAAUUGGAACCCCAUGCUCCUGAACAGAUCCCUGCAGCACAAUUGGAACCCCCUGCUCCUGAGCAGACCCCUGCAGCACAAUUGGAACCCCCUGCUCCUGAACAGACCCCUGCAGCACAAUUGGAACCCCCUGCUCCUGAGCAGACCCCUGCAGCACAGCUAGAACCCCCUGCUCCUGAGCAGACCCCUGUAGCACAGCUAGAACCCCCUGCUCCCGAGCAGACCCCUGUAGCACAGCUGGAACCACACGUUCUUGAGCAGCCCCCUUUAUCAAAGCUGGGACCAUGUGCUUCUGAGCAGCCCCCUUUAUCAAAGCUGGGACAACAUGCCCCUGAAGAGGCUACUCCAGCAUUGCCAGGACCACAUGUUCCUGAGCAGCCCCCUUUAUCAAAGCUGGGACAACGCGCCUCUGAGCAGCCCCCCCUCGCUCCGCUGGGAUCUGCCUCGGAACAAAAGCCCUCGUUCCAGCCGGAAUCUCCAUCCCUGCCAGAAUCUGCCUUGGACAGAGGCACGUGCCUCACGCCACCCCACAUUCACACCUUCCAAUACAGAUCAAUGAUGCAUCUAGAACUUAAAUACCUGCAGGACUCGGCCUCCGAGCCGGGAUUUCAUCAGGGCUCAGUCUCUGAGAAAGGACCCACAUCCCAACUCAGGGCCAUGGCUGAAGAAGUACCCGUCCCCCAGCCCGAAGCUGCCUUCAAGAGCGAGCCUCCGGCGCCGCCGAGACCCGAACCGAAGCCCACCGGGCACCCGGCACCUAAGUCGAAACAGGACUCGACCUCUGAGCAAGGGCCUGUGAUCCCAGCGCAGCUCUAUCCCUUAUGGCAGAGAUGUAUCUCCCAGGACGAAGCCCCCUCACAGCAGCAACACCCCAGGGCCCAGCCAGAAGCCGGCUCGGAGAAGGGCGCCAUGCCCCAGCCUUCCCCAGGGCAGCCGCUUGUAACAGAGAAAGAAAGCGAAGGCCUGGGGAGCAGAACCAAGGAGGAGUUCCCUUCCAGCCACCACUACCUUCCCCAUAAGGUGAUGUCAGCGGCAGAGGGCAUCUUGGGCCACGAUGGGAAGCUGCAUAUCCAUCAGAGUGUUCACAGGGAUGGGGCCUCCCGCCUGACCCAUGGCAUGGACCUGAGAGCCAUGACGCAGUCGCUGGUGGUGCUCGCGGAGGACAAUGCCACCUACUUUGCCAGCCAGGGCCCCGGGGAGACGGCUCGCCGCCUCGCGGUCGCCUUCACCGGGAUCCGGGAGCAGGCCAUGGGGCUGGAGCCGGCCCUGGGCCAGCUGCUGGGCGUGGCCCACCUCUUUGACCUGGACCCCGAGACGCCGGCCAAUGGCUACCGCAGCCUGGUGCACACGGCGCGCUGCUGCCUCGCCCACCUGCUCCACAAGGCCCGCUACGUGGCCGGCAGCCGCAAGAGCAUCUUCUUCCGCGCCAGCCACAACCUGGCCGAGCUGGAGGCCUACCUGGCGGCCCUGACGCAGCUGCGCGCCCUGGCCUACUAUGCCCAGCGCCUGCUGGCCGCCAACCGGCCGGGCGGCCUCUUCUUCGAGGGCGACGGGGGACUCAGCGCCGACUUCCUCAGAGAGUACGGCACGCUGCACAAGGGCUGCUUCUAUGGCCGGUGCUUGGGCUUCCAGUUCACUCCGGCCAUCCGGCCUUUCCUGCAGACCAUCUCCAUCGGCCUGGUCUCCUUUGGGGAACACUACAAACGCAACGAGUCAGGGAUCGGUGAGUGCCCCCAGAGCUCCCGCGUGCCCCCACCCAGGCCCCCUCGUCUCCCUCUGCUCACCACUCUCUCCCCUCUUGUCCCCUCCCCUCCCCCCAACCUAAGCUGCACUGAGGGAGCCGUGCCCACCCAUGGGGUGGCCGCCAGCUCCCUCUUCACGGGGGGCCGCUUUGCCAUCGACCCGGAGCUGCGAGGGGCGGAGUUUGAGCGGAUCACUCAGAAUCUGGAUGUGCACUUCUGGAAGGCCUUCUGGAACGUGACGGAAAUCGAGGUCCUGUCGUCUCUGGCCAACAUGGUGUCUGCCACGGUGCGGGUGUGCCGGGCCCUCAGCUUGCCCCCGCACCCCUUCGAGAUACCCUUGGCCAGCAACCCCCAGCUCAACGUCACCAUCUCGCCGCCGGUGGCCCACACGGGCCCGGGCCCGGUGCUGGUGCGGCUCAUCUCCUACGAUCUCCGCGAGGGCCAGGACAGCGAGGAACUGAACAUCCUGGCCCGGGCCGAGGGCCCCCGGAACCUGGAGCUGCGGCCCCGCACCCACCACGCGCCGCGCUCCAAGUCCCUGGUCAUUCACAUUCACGGCGGCGGCUUCGUGGCGCAGACCUCCAAGUCCCACGAGCCCUACCUCAAGAGCUGGGCCCAGGAGCUGGGGGUCCCCAUCCUCUCCAUCGACUACUCCCUGGCCCCCGAAGCCCCCUUCCCCCGGGCCCUGGAGGAGUGCUUCUACGCCUACUGCUGGGCUCUCAAAAACUGUCGCCUCCUGGGCUCGACGGGGGAGCGGGUGUGCCUGGCUGGGGACAGCGCCGGCGGCAACCUCUGCUUCACUGUAUCCCUGCGGGCAGCGGCCUACGGUGUGAGGCUGCCUGACGGCAUCAUGGCUGCCUACCCAGCCACCAUGCUGCAGGCCUCGGCCUCGCCUUCGCGCCUCAUGAGUCUCAUGGACCCCCUGCUGCCGCUCAGCGUCCUCUCCAAGUGCCUCAGUGCUUACGCCGGCGUAGAGCCCGAGGUCCAGGAAGACCAAGAGCAGCAGGCCCUGGGCGUGAUGGGGCUAGUGAAGAGGGACACGGCCUUGCUGCUCCGCGACCUGCGCCUGGGGGCCUCCUCCUGGCUCAACACCUUCCUGGAGCUCGGGGGCCGGCGGGGCAUCGACGGCCCCCCGUCAGUGACAGAGACCAUGCGCCGGAGCGUGUCCGAGGCCGCCCUGCAGGAGACCUCCGACUUCUCCAAGGAAUCCGCCAAAAGCUUGACCCUCCAAGACCUGAGCCUGGUGGGGGGGCCCACCCCCCCGGGCCUGUCCUCCUCGGACGACACCCUGAACUCCCCCCCGGAGGUGAGCUUCUUCCUGCCCUCGUCCCCCGACGAAGAGGGCACGGAGGAGGACGAUGAGGAGGAGGGCCGGGACAAUCAGGACCACCUGGCCUCCACCUUCCCCGAAGGCUUCCAGCCCCGGCGCUCCAGCCAAGGCAGGGCCAACCUGUCCCUGCAGACGUCCCCCAUAGUCAAGAAUCCCUUCAUGUCCCCGCUGCUGGCCCACGACUCCAUGCUGCAGACCCUGCCCCCGGUGCACAUCGUGGCCUGUGCCCUGGACCCCAUGCUGGAUGACUCGGUGAUGUUCGCCCGCCGCCUCCGGGGGCUCGGGCGGCCCGUGAGCCUGCGCGUGGUGGAGGACCUGCCCCACGGCUUCCUGAGCCUGGCGGCCCUGUGCCGCGAGACCCGGCAGGCCACGGCGCUGUGCGUGGAGCGCAUCCGCCUCAUCCUCACGCCGGGCUCCGACAUGCAGACGGCGCCGGCGCCCAGCAAGACUCGCUGGCCCGAGCGGUCCCGGCCCAAGCACUCCCCGCCCGGCUCCACCGCCGGCUCGGUCCCGGGGCUGCGGAGCCCGGGCCUGAGCCAGCCCCAGCCCUCGCGCCACUCGGGCCUCGGCCCCGCCCGCUCCUGACUAAAGGCCUCGCGCUCUUUCUCGGUCCAUUUUGUUUUGCACUCUAGCCUCGGGGUGACCCCGUGGGGCGGGGGACCCCUGCCGCCCCCUCCGCGCUCGCACUCCUCCCCCCCGCGGGGGCUCAUGAGCCGGGAGCUGGGGGGCCCCACGGCCGCGCCACCGCCGGGCACUCGGUCCCGCCGGUCGCGCAGAAAGGUGCUUCGAGAUCCCACACGCUCAUCCUAGGAGGUGGGAAACCAGUGGCGUUGCAGGUGGACUGGCCGCCUGUGGGACCUUGCACAAGUCCCGUCCCCCAUGGGCUUCGGUUUCCCCCUCGGUAAAUUGAGAGAGUUGGGGCGGGGAGGGAGGGGCCAGGACUGGGCCCCCAGGGAAAAGGCGAGCGUUGGGACCGCGGGGUCCCCAGCCUUGCUCCUCAGGAAGUCCAGCUCCGCCCCAGUCUUGCCAGGGGUCCCCGGAACCAAAGGUUGUGAGAGUCCAUUGUACAGAUGAGGAAGUGGGGCAGAAGAGGAGGGGCCACCCGAGGUCCCCAGACCCGCCUCUGGGUCUCUCUCUCCCCACGUUAAUGGUUGGCGUUGCCACUGGGGGAGGGGGGAGUGCCUUAGGCUCACUGGGAAGGGAGGAGAGAGGGAGGGAGCUAAUUGUGGUGUCCUGUGCGCCCCCCCCCCAUGCUUUCCCCACUCCCUGUGAGCCCUGAAUGGGAGGGAGCUGCACAUCCCCCCCAGCCCCAGCCACUGCCUUCUCCGUUGCUGCUGCUCUGCUCCCCGUUUUGUAAAUAAACUGUGUGUGAAAUUCA